AAUUUUGGGCCCAAUCAAGCACAAAGGUUAAUCCUUUUUCUCUCACCGUCGCCGUUAUUGUCGUCUUCCUCCAUUGUUGUCCGUCUUUGAGAACCCCGACGAGAGGCCGCAGGAGGAGUUUCCAGAUCUAAUUGCGGCGGAUUCAGAACGGUGCUUUUUGAGCCAUAUCAAGACUAUAACUUGACUGCAGAUUCUAGUGAACAAUACAGCUUUAUUCUUUAUUUUCCUGGAAGAUGCAUCCUCCUUUGGCACUGCAUCGGCAUCCAAUGUGUGCUGAAAUCAUUGAGGAGUUCCAGAAGUGUCAUUUAGACCAUCCUAUUGCAAAAUUCUUUGGUGAAUGUACAGACCUAAAAAUGAAGCUUGAUCGCUGCUUCCGGCACGAGAAAGCUGUCAAGAGGAAAGCAAACUUCGAGGAGAGUAAAAAACUGAAAGAAAGGCUUCAAGCAUUGAGAAAGGAAAUGGCAGAAAAUUAACUCCAGCAGGUAGAACCUUUUGGUAGAAUAAUGUCAAAGCAGAAGAUCCAUUUUUAAAGCCCUCGAUGAGAUUUACGGAGAGGAGCUGCUUACCAGAUUUUCUUACCGAUAUACAGAGUCUGGAAUUUUAUCACUGCAAAACUGAUCCCAAUUAUCAUGAAGACAGUUUGAAACUUGAUUUAUGUCAAGGUGAGAGUCAAAUUACCUCAAAAUACAGGUUGUUAAGUUACAAAAUCUACUAUUUUUCGUCUCUAAUGACAGAAAUAAUAUGAAUAAAUAUUUUGAAAUUUCAUGGAUUUGGUUCAAAUUUUAUUAAGGUUCCUUGUGUAGAAUAUAUCAUAUGCUUCAGU